GGCAGAAGACGAAAUACAGUAGUAAUAUGUAAAUAUUUUAAUUAACUAGCUUGCCAAAGACCAAUACAAUGAAGUUUGCAGAGCAUCUGUCUGCACACAUCACUCCAGAAUGGAGAAAGCAAUACAUUAAUUACGAGGAGAUGAAGGCAAUGCUCUAUGCAGCUGUUGAACAGGCCCCUUCAGCAGAGCUGAUAGAGCCUGAAGUCCUAACGCGCUACUUUGCGAAAUUUGACGAACAGUUCUUCCAUUACUGUGAUAGAGAGUUGGCCAAGAUUAAUACAUUUUAUUCAGAGAAACUUGCAGAAGCGACUCGAAAAUUUGCAAAUCUGAGCAGUGAGUUGAGUGAGGCACAAGAUGAGGAAUUUCACGGGAAGGAAGGCUUACUACGACACGGACCGAACAUCUUGCGCAAACGAGAUGUUCCAGCCCGAAAAAUCCAGGAGCUGAAGCUGGCAUUCAGUGAAUUUUAUUUGAGUCUAAUUCUGCUUCAAAAUUAUCAGACCCUCAACUUCACUGGUUUUCGCAAGAUACUGAAGAAACACGACAAGUUACUGAACGUUGAUGUCGGUGCUCGUUGGAGAACAGAGAAUGUGGAAUCAUCUCAUUUCAAUACCAGUAAAGAUAUUGACCGUUUGAUCCGUGAAACAGAGUCGACGGUGACGCAGGAUCUGGAGGGUGGAGAUCGUCAGAGGGCAAUGAAAAGACUGAGAGUACCCCCUCUGGGCGAGCAGCAGAGUCCCUGGACCACCUUCAAAGUCGGGCUGUUCUCAGGCUCUUUUAUUGUGCUUCUCAUUGCGGUCGUGCUGUCAGGUAUCUUUCAUCGCUCACGAGAUGACUGGAGGAUUGUAUUUCGUCUAUACAGAGGUCCACUGCUCAUUGUUGAGUUUUUGUUCCUCAUGGGUAUCAAUGUAUAUGGCUGGAGAUCAUCUGGAGUUAAUCACGUGCUCAUAUUUGAGCUGGAUCCCCGCAAUCACCUCUCCGAGCAGCACAUCAUGGAACUAGCGUCAAUAUUUGGGGUUGUGUGGGCUCUUAGUGUCCUCAGCUUCUUGUAUAGUGCUUCUCUAAGUAUCCCACCAUAUGUCAAUCCAUUAGCUCUCAUUACGAUCAUGGCUGCUUUCAUCCUGAACCCAACCAAGACUUUCCGACACGAAGCUAGAUUUUGGGCAUUGAAAGUUCUGGGUCGAAUAGUUUUAGCUCCCUUGUUCUAUGUCAACUUUGCUGACUUCUGGCUGGCUGACCAGUUGAAUAGUUUGGUCAUAGUUCUUGUCGACUUUCAGUAUUUUAUAUGUUUCUACCUGGCAAAUGACAACUGGAUGGUUGCAAAUGAUAUAAAUGUUUGUGAUGAUUAUACUCAUAUAAUACGCCCGUUGGUCGGCUGUCUGCCAGCUUGGUGGAGAUUUGCGCAGUGCUUGCGGCGUUACAGAGACACAAAGGAAGCUUUUCCUCAUCUUGUGAAUGCUGGGAAAUAUGCCACCUCUUUCUUUGUCAUGCUGUUUAGCACGCUGAAUUUGACACACGGAGACAAGUAUCAAGUAACAUCAGAAAAUCCAUACUUUUACAUGUUGGUGAUGGCCUCCGUACUAAGCUCUUGUUAUGCAUACACAUGGGACAUCAAGAUGGACUGGGGCUUGCUUGAUAAGAAGGCAGGAGAUAACAAAUAUUUGCGAGAGGAGAUAGUCUACUCAUCAACUGGUUACUAUUACUUUGCAAUUGUGGAGGAUUUCAUCUUGCGGUUUGGCUGGGCUGUCAACUUAUCUCUGACUUCAAUGGGUUAUGUUCAUGGUGACAUCAUGAUUUGUAUUCUGUCACCCUUAGAAGUUUUCAGACGUUUCGUGUGGAACUUCUUUCGACUGGAGAACGAACACCUCAACAACUGCGGCAAGUUUCGAGCAGUACGAGAUAUCUCUGUGGCGCCCAUGGACACGUCUGAUCAGAUUCAGAUAAUCCGAAUGAUGGACGAUGAAGAUGGAGUUAUCAACAGGCGUAAGAAGAAGCACGGUUUAGCCAAGAAGAAGGAGGACCAGCGUCUUUUGUUAGAAGGAGAGUCGACAGACGAUCCCGAUAGUUAGAUCAGUCACAGUAUAAACUCGCUGUUCUCCACAUUUUAUUCUGAAAUGGAGUUGCAAGUUGAUGUUUUUUGUGACGUUAAAUGACGACAUCUCCCCAAUUAAGCUACAAUGCUAUUUUAAAGUUAAAAUCCAUUCUGUUGAAUGUUACUUUUAUUUUAACAGACUGUUAAACACAACUUACAACCAUCAAAAGUCAACAGAAGGAAGGGCCAGUGAUAGCUUAGGUUAGGUUAUACCACAUGGAUCGUGUGUGACUGACUCACUGCCCAAGUGCCCUCCGGUCCCCGAGGGUUUGCUCUUAGAGCUAAGUGGGCUGUUGCAUCGUGCGUCACAUCAACCCUGAUAAUGGAGGCAGAGGCAGUUUCUGAAAUGUUUGAUAGUAACUCCAUUCUUGCAUAGCUGAUUUUCUGACGAUACUUCAUUGCUUAUUAUUA